CACCCCCCAGGGUUUUCACGUAGUACUUUCUGACUAAGUUCAGGUCAGAUAGGAUCUGGAUCUGGAUCGAGUCAGACAUUUAAGUUCCCCAGACAAAACGGAAUUUGAGACUGAUCAGUUCAGACCAGGACCAGGACCAGGACCAGGAUCAGAACGCUGACAUGGCCAACUGUUCAGGAUGUGGACCAGGAUACCGCAGUCCUCUGGAUGCCAUGAAAGGUCCUCGAGAGCAGAUUGUGUAUUUGCCCUGUGUUUACCGCAGCACUGGCAUCCAAAAAUCUGACUAUCUGGCUACUGUGGACGUGGAUCCCAAGUCUGCCACCUACUGUCAGGUCAUCCACAGGCUGCCCAUGCCCAACCUUGGAGAUGAGCUCCAUCACUCCGGCUGGAACGCCUGCAGCAGCUGCUUCGGAGACGCCUCCAAGAAACGGAACCGUCUGAUUCUGCCGUCCCUAAUGUCAUCCAGGAUCUACGUAGUUGACGUGGGGACCGAUCCUAAAGCCCCACAACUACAUAAGAUGGUGGAACCCACUGAACUGUUCUGGAAGUGUAACUUGGCGAAUCCUCACACUUCUCACUGUCUGGGCAGCGGACAGAUCAUGAUCAGCUGCCUGGGCGACCCAUCUGGCAACGGCAAGGGUGGCUUUGCGUUGCUGGAUGGAGAAACCUUCGAUGUGAUCGGGAACUGGGAGCAUCCCGGAGAGGCAGCCCCCUUUGGAUACGACUUCUGGUACCAGCCACGGCACAAUGUGAUGAUCAGCACAGAGUGGGGUGCUCCAAAGUAUCUGGCUGGGGGUUUUAACCCUGCCCACGUCGCAGAAGGUCACUACGGCAGCUCUCUGCACAUCUGGGACUGGACCACCCACGAGAAGCUGCAGACCCUGGACCUGGGACCAGAGGGAGCGAUUCCUCUGGAGGUUCGAUUCCUCCAUGACCCUGAUGCUACAGAAGGCUUUGUCGGAUGUGCUCUGAGUUCCAGCGUGUUUAGGUUCUACAAGACACCGAAAGGAGACUGGGAGGCAGAGAAAGUGAUCAGUGUCCCCAACAAGAAGGUGGAAGGGUGGGCGCUGCCCGAGAUGCCAGGAUUGAUCACAGACAUCCUGAUCUCUUUGGACGAUCGUUUCCUUUACUUCAGUAACUGGCUGCACGGCGACAUCAGGCAGUAUGACAUCACAAACAGGAGGAAGCCACGAUUGGUCGGACAGGUAUUUCUGGGAGGAAGUCUGGUCGAUGAUGGACCAGUGAAGGUUGUAGACGAUCCAGACAACAAGCCACAGCCUCCACCACGCAUCAUUAAGGGAAGGCGUGUCACUGGAGCUCCUCAGAUGUUACAGCUGAGUUUGGAUGGACAGAGACUUUAUGUGACAACAUCUCUGUUCAGCGCCUGGGACAAACAGUUCUACCCAGAAAUGAUCAGAGACGGCUCUGUGAUGAUGCAGAUAGACGUGAACACCGUCAGUGGAGGUCUGACCCUCAACGAGAAAUUCCUGGUGGAUUUUGGGAAGGAACCUGACGGGCCUGUUCUUGCUCAUGAACUCAGGUAUCCUGGAGGAGACUGCACAUCUGACAUCUGGAUCUGAAACAACAAACCAAAAUAAAUGUCACAAAAAUUAUCAAUGUUUCUUCAUUUUUUUUAUACAAUAAAAUGCCCAAUGCUAAUGAUGCUUGUGAUGCCGAUUCCUCUAAAAAUGUGGACUUUCUGGAUGAAUUUCUUCCUUUUUUUUACCCUAUUAAGGCUUUUUCUUGGGAGUUGUUCCUCAGCUGAUGCGAGGGUCCAUAAAGGCCUUCUUUCUUUCUUUUUGUUUCUUGCUGUCUUGAUGUAAUGUAAUGUAAAACAUUUCAAGGUUGCAUUGUGUAUGAAUUGUGCUCUAUAAAUAAAUAAAAUUGAAUUGAAUUGA